CCGGCAUCACGUGCUUCACGAGCUCUAAUAGCCUAGCAAGACACGUUUGCCCCCCACGCGUACCUCACGCGUCCUUUCGAAGAUGGCUCCUUACCGCCCGUCGAACCGCAGCAACCGCUCCGGCCGUUCACAGGCCGACAAUGAUGUUUUUGAAGGCUUGCCGGUCAAGCAAUGGGGCGAACAAUUCGCGCGAAUCUCUCUCGCGCCUCCCGCAUCAGAGACUGCCAAGAAUGGCAGUGACCGCUGGGGCGAGCCGCCUAUGCCGCGCGACUAUCAGCUCCUCCUGCCAUGGACGCAACAGCUUCUCCGAUUAGCACGAAGUGGCAAGGUGGGAACCAAGCGCAAGGCCGACCCAGAUUCCAUGGACGAGGACCGGCCAGAUGAGGAAGCAGCCGAGGAGUCCAAAGCAAACCUCGAAGACCGCGGCUACACUGCACGAAAGUGGAAGCCCAUACCUGAAGCAUUACUGGAGCCAGAGCACAAGCAUUUCGAGUAUCUUGCUAAACGUCGCAAAGGCCUACCAAGCCUAUACGGGCAAGGAUCAGAGCUUGCUAAUGGUGGGCCCAUCAUCAUGCGGAAAACCAAGGUGAAGAAAGCGGGCGCAGAUGGCGAGACAGUCAUCUACGAAGCUCUUGUACCCGAAGGGCAAGCUCUGGAAGGCGAAGUCACCGAGCCAACUGAGUUAGCCGACGUCAAGCCGGUCACUGCCGCACCCGGCACGGUCAUCGAAGGGGUAGGCAUUGCUAACGAAGACGGUGUGUUUGUUGCCGAACAUCUGAAGCCCGCUGCUGUGGCUCCACGACGGAACAGACCUCCUCCUAAGAAGAAGGGUGGUCCGGGCCGUGGUAAGAAACGAGUCACAUUCACCAACCCUGAUGGGUCAACUUAUACCAAGAUCGUCCCGAAUGCGACAAAGAUUGUGCCUCAACCUGGCCAGACUGUCAAGCAUGUCUCGAAGGGUGAGGAGGCUGCGGAACAGAAAGCGGGUGGCGGCGAAGAAGAGGGAGAGGAAGAGGGCGGCGAUGAUGAUGAUGAUGAAGGCGACGAGGAGGACGAAGAUGAUGAUCGUGAGGAUGGCGAGCUGUCUGAUGACGAUGCGCCGGCAACAGGUGUCGCUACCCCCGCGCAGUCGGAAAGAGCGCCCGUGGUACCCACUUCGGAUCCAGGAGCAUCAGCGGCACAACCUCCGCCCGCCACUGAGCCGGAAGAGGGCGCAGCAUCGACCAGCAUGCGUGAGCUCUCCAGCUCGCCUGAAAUGCCGCUUGCGAAAACGUCACACAGCAGACAAGGCUCUGUACAGUUGCCCGCUGCACCUGCGCCGGAUGAGCUCCUCGCCACUGAAGAGCAAGCUGCGGACGGCGACGGCAUGGAGACGAACCCCGGCGAUGGCACCGCGCUCGAAACAUUCGAUGAUGGCGAGGAGGAUCUGCUUGGCAAUCUCGAGAAGCACCUCAACCCCGAACGCGAUGAAGGAGCGUAGAGAGCU